CAGCCCCUCCCUCACCACCAGCAGUGAAAAUCUUCAGCUGGAGCCCAGCCUCUGGGUAGGCCCAGCAUGGAGGCAGCCCCAGCUCCGGAGGUGGCCUCGGGAUCCAAACCGAAGGUGAAAGAAGCCGUCCCAGCCGAUGCUGAACGACCCCAGGCUCCGCCUGGACAGGGGACUGGCUGCCCCACUCCCCAGCUCCUGCCUCCCAUAGAAGAGCACCCCAAGAUCUGGCUACCUCGGGCCCUGAGGCAGACCUACAUCCGGAAGGUUGGGGACACAGUGAACCUACUAAUCCCUUUCCAGGGCAAGCCCAAACCUCAAGCCACCUGGACACACGAUGGCUGUGCCUUGGACACCAGUCGUGUGAGCGUGCGGAAUGGGGAGCAAGACUCCAUCCUCUUCAUCCGAGAAGCCCAGCGUGCUGACUCAGGUCGCUACCAACUCCGUGUGCAGCUGGGCGGGCUGGAGGCCACAGCUACCGUUGACGUCCUGGUGAUCGAGAGGCCAGGCCCUCCUCAGAGCAUUAGGUUGGUGGACGUCUGGGGCUCCAACGCUACCCUGGAAUGGACACCUCCCCGAGAUACAGGCAAUACAGCACUCCUGGGAUACACAGUGCAGAAGGCUGACACAAAAUCUGGGCUGUGGUUCACGGUGCUGGAGCGUUAUCACCGCACCAGCUGCAUCGUCUCUGACCUCAUCGUCGGCAACUCCUAUGCGUUUCGCGUCUUUGCGGAAAACCAGUGCGGACUCAGUGAAACAGCCCCCAUCACUGCCGACCUUGCCCACAUCCAGAAAGCAGCUACUAUUUACAAGACCAAGGGAUUUGCCCAGCGAGACUUCUCUGAAGCCCCAAAGUUUACCCAGCCUCUGGCAGAUUGUACUACAGUCACUGGCUAUGACACCCAGCUCUUCUGCUGUGUCCGCGCCUCCCCCCGGCCCAAGAUCAUCUGGCUGAAGAACAAGAUGGAUAUCCAAGGCGACCCCAAGUACAGAGCCCUCACUCACCUGGGCAUCUGCUCCCUAGAAAUCCGCAAGCCUGGUCCCUUCGACGGAGGCAUAUAUACCUGCAAGGCAGUUAACCCCCUGGGGGAAGCAUCUGUGGACUGUCGAGUGGACGUGAAAGCUCCUAUUUGAUGGUAGCUAAGAGGAGGACAUGGGACUCUGAGAAAGUGCCUCCAGGAAGCCAGACUAUGGCAAGACUGUGUUCACAAGGAGCUGCAGCACAAUGUCUGGUUUGGACUAAUCUAAAUAAAUGUGUGGAUCUUCAA